CAAUAAUCCAUUGGGUUUCACAAAAUAUUGUUUGGAAUUGUGCUGGGGGACAAAAGGAAAAAUGCAAACUGGCAAUUAGACUUCUGCAUUUGAGUAACACACACAAAAUGCUGAAGGAACUCGACACGUCAGACAUUAUCAAUGGGAAUAAACAGAUAACUUUUCAGGCCAAAAUGCUUAAUCAGGAGUUCCUCCACAUUGUGUGUUGCUCAAGAUUUCCAGCAUCUGCAGAAUCUACAUUUAAAUGAUACGGACUUUAAUGGAAGACCAAUUAAUGAGAAGAGAGUAGAUCAAAAGGAGAUAUUCAGAAUUGUAUUUGCAUGGUACAGAAGGACUUUAUCUCUAGUAUGCUUGCUGAACAAUGCUGUUGUAAAUGACUGAAACAGGAAGGGCAGUAGGAAACAAUCAAGUCAUAUGCAGAAACUUGUAACUGAAAAAAAAUCAGUUUGGGAAAAGUAUAUGGUAAAACUUAAAAGAAAUAUGAAAUCCUGCACAAAUUUUAUAAUUAGGAAAACAAUAGGUGGACGCAUAUGGAUUACAGCAUUUCUAUUUAAAAUGUCAUUUAGGAAAUGACAAAUGUAAUAAUUACAUGAGCACACAGCAUAUAUGAAUAAGUCCCCUUGUCCCUCACACAUGCCCCACCAUUCAAUAUCAUCAAUGCUGAUCAAUCCGAGACCUCAUCUAUUCUGAGCUGUAUGCACAAAGCCGCCAAUCUCCUGAUCUUCCAAUAAUCUACCUUUAAACAUUUCUGGUAAACUUGCUUACACUGCUCAGUGAGGUGAAGAAUUCUACAGGGAAGAAAGAAGCAUAUCAGGAAUGCCAAGGAAACGAAUAUUGAACCAAGGGUUUUCCAAGAUUUUGUAACAAAGUAUCUCAAUUGAAUGGAAUUAAAUAAUAUAGUAACAAUUUUGAGAGAAUUUUAUUUAUUUAAUUUUCAAUAUUGUCGCAUUUGUAAUGACCAGGCUUCAAAUGAUAAAGAUGUAGUGUACUUGAACUUCAGCCCAAUUACUGAGCACAAACAAAGAACUGAACAAGGACUUUGCAGAUUGUUUACAAGGCAAGGGAAACUAAAGAUUUCAGUUUUUACCAGCCUCAAAAUUGUUUGCCUUAAGUUUUUCAAUAGUCUUCCAGAUUACAUAAACUAUUUAUGAACAGAAUACAAAUGAAACUGAACCUGAAUCUUCUAGCUCUGAAUGGCUUCAUUUUCACUGACUUAUUAUGGGGAAUGUCAACCUCACAAGGAGAACAACAUUUUAAGAUCUGCUGAUUUCUAUUUUUUGUUGAGUAUUGGCUUUACGUCAGUAUGAACUUUGGAUGAAGAUAAGGAUAAUUUUCUUCAUUCAAGGUGUGAGCCUUUAGAAUUUCUACUCGAGGGCUAUGAAGGAUCAGUGUCUGAUUUCAUCCUGUGCAAUUACAGGUCCACAAUCCCUUAUCCGAAAUUCUGAGAUCCAAAAAGCUCUUAAGAAUUUAGUUUUUUUUGCCAACAGCCGACGUCACUCAGGUGUGACGUGGCAGCACUAGCAGAGGCUGCCAGAUGUCAGUUGUGGCUCAGCGUUCGUACUGGUUACGCGUGCAUUUGCUGUUCGCUGAUAUUUUGUGUUCACUGUUGACUUUGUUUAAUUUCACUGUGAGAAUGUCAAAAAGAGCUGCAGAUAUCCCUAUGGGUAACAAUGAGAAAAAGAGAGGGAAGCAUCUAUCAUUAUCAAUAAUGCAGAAAGUGAAGUUAUUGCAGAAGCUUGAUUGUGGUGUGUCUGUGCGGUGUCUUACUGAAGAAUAUGGUGUUGGAACUACCACUGUAUAUGACUUAAAGAAACAGAAAGUCAAGUUACUGAAGUUUUAUAGUGACAGUGAUGCUCUACAUUUAUUCAAAUAAGUUAUUUACCAUGUGUUUGAUUUAUUUCAUUUGAAGCUGUAUAGUUUUAUUUUAUUGAAUGUUUUUGUUGGAAAUAAAAUAUUUUUCUUGUCAUUAUUCCCUAAACAAUACAGUAUAACAACUAUUUACAUUGUAUUAGGUGUUAUAAGUAAUCUAAAGAUGAUUUAAAGUCUUCGGGAGGAUGUGCGUAAUCUGGAGCUCCACCAGGUCCUAAAGUCCAUCCACAUUGAGACAGGUUAAAUAAGGGACUUGAGCAUACGUUUUUUUUUGGUAUCCACGGGGAGUCCUGGAACCAAUAAGGAGGGAUUCUGAAAUCCAAAAAAUUCUGAAUUCCGAAAUGCAACUGGCCCCAGAUCGUGGACCUGGACCUGUGAUCUUGUCCAAUGGAAAGCAAGUUUGAGGAGCUGAAUAGCCAACUCCUCCUCCUUUUGCCAUUCACCUUUCCAACGCUUAGCUGCUCCCCUCCCCCUCCUGUCUUCUCUAUCAUUUCAGAUUUCCCCCUCCCCUCCUACUUUCAAAUCUCUUACUAUCUUUUCUUUCAGUUAGUCCUGACGAAGGGUCUCGGCCCGAAACGUCGACAGUGCUUCUUCCUAUAGAUGCUGCCUGGCCUGCUGUGUUCCACCAGCAUUUUGUGUGUAUUGCUUGAAUUUCCAGCAUCUGCAGAUUUCCUUGUGAUUGCAACCUCCUCUUUCUUGUGUUAUUAUUAAAGACUGCAGCUAAAGAACACAUGGCUCACUGUUGGUGUGCUAUUGCUUAAAAGAAGAUGUAUCUUAAAUACAGUUAGUGGAAAUAACAAAUGAUCAAUACCUUCAGAAGAGUAACAUAAACUGUUGGAAGCAUUCAGUUGGUUGGGUAGAGAAAAAGCUUCUCUAUUUCUGCUAUCUCAGAUGAUCAGUGCUUCCAGAGUCUUCUGUUACAAUUUCAGAUUCCUGUCAUUAAUAAUUUUCUGAUUUUCUUUCAGAAGGAAACUGGUUGGAGCUUGUGAGAUUGAUUUGUAGAGUUGUGGGUGAAGAAUGUAGGGAGUUGUUGGAACUGCUCUGAUAGAAUAGAAGCAGGCAAAGGCUUGAUAAACUACACAGUUUGUACUUUAACAGAUUAUUAUUCUGUAAAUAUAAUGAUCAAUUUAUGCACAGCAUAUCUUAUGAGUAUUAAUACACUAUAGAUAACUUGUUUUAGUGAGGUUAUAUGAAGCAUAAUGCCAUCAAUCCCAUUUCCCCCCUCCUUAAUUCCCUAUGACCUUGUUACUUAUUCUCUUCCCCAUACCUAUUGAUUUUUAAUGUUACUUACAGAAGUUACUGUAAAGGCCUGAAUAAUACUGAGUUGCCAUUUUCCUAACAAAGUUCAGUGGGAAUCUCUUGCCAUUUACAAUAAAGGGUAACUUACAGUAUUCAUUUAACCUACCAGAACAUCUUCAGAGAAGAUUUACUAGACUAAUAUUAUGAAUGUGUGCGCGCUGGCUUCUGAUGGAAGGUUUUGUCUGUGGAGAUUGGAAGAGUUAAAGGGACUUCAUUAAGACAUAUAGAAUCCUGCAUAGUCAUGACAAAAUGGAUAUGGAAAGGAUUUAGAACUAGGGUUCACUGCUAAUAAAGCAUAAUGAUAUAGUAGGACCUAGCAAUCAGGUAUGUUCCUAACUUCCAGUGCUGUCAGGGUGGAGUAUGCUUCUGGCCAUAUGGUUUUCCUCUAUGUUUUCUAGCUGGCUGUAAUUUUCUCCCACAUCUGAAAGAAAUUUUGAUUAGCAGAUUAGUUGAUGACUGUAAAUUAUCUUGUGCAUGGGCGUAUGCUAGAAAAGCAAAGAGGAAGUUAAUGGGCUUGUGAACAAGAAUCUCACUGAACCAGCACAGAAUCUCUUUGCUGAAUGGACUUUCAUGUUAUUAGGAAAUGUGGUAUUUUUAUGAGAAUUGUCAUUAGGUCUCUGCUUCCAUUGACCUUUGAAACAGAAGGUCUUUGAGCUGCAGUUUUUAAAGAUAGAUGCAAAUGUCAAGUCUAGUUGGCUGCCAUAUGCACAGGUACAUGUAUACUCAAGUGCAAUGAAAAACUUACUCGCAGCAGCAUCAUAUAAGCAGCAUUCACAAAAGAUGAUAUAGUCAUAAAUUAUGCACAAUUUUUUACAGGAAAAUAUGAUUAGAAUGGAAGCAAAAGUACAUGGUGAUAUACUUAUCUCAAGAAACUUAUUAUUUGGAUUUUAUAUUAGUUAUUGUGUGUGUGUGUGUGUCUCAACUCACAAGUAGGAGGGGUUAUCCCCCACAGCUAGACAUUUCCUCUAGCUCAACGCAGGGUCAUCUACUAGAGACCUCAGCCUCGGAAUCACACGUUCGUUGCCAUUUUUGUUAUUAUUUGCAUUUCUUGGUUCUUAUUUGUUCAGGGAGUAGGUUGAUUAAGUUUUAUUCUAAUUUCAAUGACGCGUUGACAGAUAAAUACAGAUGGUUAAGGCCAAGGUAAAAUUCAUUUCUUUUAAUGUCAAUGGGCUAUUAAAUCCAAUCAAACUUAAGAGAAUUUUAUCCAAUUUGGAACAAUUUGAUUCAUACUGGGAAAAAUGGUUUAACUACAAAAUGCCUCAUAGGCCUGAUUUUAUUCUCACAAAUCGAUGAAUCUGUUGUAAAAAAAAAAUCACUCGUACGUAGUUCUUUCCUUUUGCUUGUUUUUUCUUUCCACUCUUCUAUAAGUGUGCACCUCAGAUAAAUACCAUGGAGAUUUGUGAAAUAUGAUAUAUAGGUACAAUGUCUGAAAUACAUCCAUGGAAAUGUUUGAUGAACUUCAAUAAAAAAAAAUUACAAAGAAAAAGUCCAUUUUAAGCAAGGUGGUCAGAAUGGUUGUAGUGUUUCUGAACUAUGCCGAUUAGGGUUUUGGCAGUUGUUGAGAUCGUCAUCAAUUUAGUGUGUCUGAUUUGACCUGCAUUUUUAUCAAUGCACCAUCUAUCCAGAUGCAUCAUGCAAGAAACUGAAGAGUUUCUAAUCAACAUAUCACAGAUGCCAUCCUUCACUCCACAGACUCUGUCUAUACUUUCAGUGCCUCAAUAAAGACCUUAUGAUGUAGGAGCAGAAUUCAGCCCAUCGACUCUACUCUGCCAUUCCAUUAUGGCUAGUGUAUUAUCCCUCUCAUCCUCAUUCUCCUGACUUCCCCUUCACUAAUCAGGAAACUAUCAGCCUCCACUUUAAAUGUACCCAAUGACUUGGCCUCCACAGCCAUCUCUAUCAAUGCAUUCUGCAGAUUCACCAUACUCUGGCUAAAGACAUUUUUCCUCAUCUCUGUACAAAAGGGAUAAGGUUAUGUCCUUUGGUCCUAGAUUAUCCCAUUAAUAGCCACUCUUAUCAAGACCUUUCAUUAUUCAGUAGGUUUCAGUGAGAUCUCUUCUUCUACCCCCCCCCCCACCCACUUUAUUUUUCUAAACUAGCAUGUAAAUGCCCAGAGCCAUCACUACUCGUACAUUAGAGCUUUCAUUCCUGGAAACAUUCCCAACCUUCUCUGGAUCCUCUCUAAUGCCGGUACAUCUUUUAGAUAAGGAGCCUAAAACCGCUCACAAUAAUAAAUGUGGUCUGAUCAUUGCCUUAUAAAGCGUCAGCAUUACAUCUUUGUUUUUAUACUCCUUUCAAUGAAUACUAACAUAGUGUUUGCCUUCCUUAUCACAAACUCGACCUGCAGGGAAUUCUUCACAAGGACUCCUAAGUCCCUCUGAUUUUUAUAUGUUCUCCUUGUCCACAUGUUUAUUCCUUCAGCUUCCACUUUUCUACACCAUAUUCCAUCUGCCAUCAUCUGCAAACUUGGUUACAAAGCCAUCAAUUCCUUUAUCCAAAUCAUUGACAUAUAAUGUUAAAAGAAGCAGUCCGAACAGUGAUCCCCGUGACAUAUCACUAGUCACAGCACCAGAAAAGGCCCCUUUAUUUCCACUCCUGUCAAUCAUCUAUCUACUGUCUUUUCUGUAAAACCAUGAGCUCUUACCUUGUUAGAGGCCUUCUGAAAAUCCAAAUAAAUAGCACCCACUGACUCUUAUUUGUCUAUCCUGCUUAUUAUUUCCACAAAUAACUCCCAACAGAUUUGUCAGGCAAGAUUUCUGCUUUAAAAACUAUGCUGGUUUUGGCCUAUUUUAUCAUGUAUUUCUAAGUACUCCGAAACCUCAUUCUUAAUAAUAGACUCCAACAUUUUUCCAAUCCCUGAAGUCAGGCUAAUUGGCCUAUAAUUUCCCUUCUUCUGCCUCCACCCCCCCCCCCCCUUACAGUGGAGUGACAUUUGCAAUUUUCCAGUCUUUAGGAACCAUUCGAGAAUCUAGUGACUCAUGAUCAAUACUAAUGCCUCUACAAUCCCUUUAGCUCCCUCUUUCAGAACCCUGGGGUGUAGUCCAUCUGGUCCAAAUGACUUGCCUGUAGAUUUCUCAGUUUCCCAAAUAAAUUAUCCUUAGUAAAAUCGACAAUGUUCACUUCUGCCUCCUGGCACUCUGGCAUUUCUGGCUUUUUGCUAUUUUCUUCCACAGAGAAGUCGGACGCAAAGUACUUGUUCAGUUUGCUUGCAUUUCCUUGUUCCCCCAUUACUAACAUCCCAUUGUUUUUUUCCAGCGGUUUGACACCCACUCUCCUCUUUUACUCAUAUUUCUGAAAACUUUUUGCACCCUCUUUUAUAUUAUUAGAUAGCUUACCGUCAUAUUUAAUCCUUUCUCUCUUGAUGGCUUUUUACUUGCUGUCUGUUGUAUUUUAAAAGCUUCCAAAUCCUCUAAUUUUUGCCUUAUGCCCUUGCUGUUGGUUUUUUGCUGACUUUGAUCUCACUUGUAUGCCACGAAUGCCUCAACAUCCCUUUAGAAUAUUCCUUCAUCUUUGGGAUGUAUCUUCCCUACGCCUUCUGAAUUUUCCCCCUAAACACCAGCCGUUGCUGUUCUGCUAUCAUAGGUACUAGUGUCGCCUUCCAGUCAACUUUAGCCUGUUCCUCUCCGAUACCUCUGUAAUUCCAUUUACUCUAUUGAUACAUUCGAUUUUAACUUCUCAAACUGCAGCGUGAAUUCUAUCAUAUUAUGAUCACUGCCUCCUUCACCUUGAGCUCCCCAAUCAAAUCUGGUUAAUUACGUAAUACCCAAUCCAGAACUGCUGUUCCCCUGCUAGGCUAGUAAGGCUGCUCUAGAAAGGCCAAGUAAUCGAUACCUUUGACUCCAGCAAAAAAAAUUCGCAAUCUACCUGCAUAAUGAAGACCUCCCCCCCUCCCCAUGAUUAUGGUAACAUUGCCCUUUUUACCUGCCUUUUCUAUUUCCUGUUGUAAACUAGAUUCUGGCUACAGUUUGGAGGCCUGUAUAUAAUCCCAUCAGGGUUUUUCUUUACACUUGCAGUUUCUAAAACUUCUGAUCCUAUGUCACCACUUAACAAGGAUUUGAUUUCAUUUUUUUAACCUACAGAGUGCCCCCACCCUCUUUUACCUGUCCUUUCAAUAAAAUGUAUGUUCCUGGAUCUUAUGCUUCUAGCUGUGAUAUUUCAGCCACUAUUCAGUGAUGUCCAUAUCAUACCUGUUAAUCUCUAAUCGUGCUACAUCUAUUUUAUUCUGAAUGCUGUGUGCGGCCAUAUGUACUGUAACACCAACAGUCCUGUAUUCAUGCCCUUUUUGAUUUGGCCUCUUGUCACACUUCAACUCGUCCCACUGACUGCAAUUUUGCACUAUCAUCUGCCUGUUCUUCACCGUCUCAGUACACUCUGCAUCCAGUUGUGUACCAAUUGGUCCAUCCUUAGCCCUAUCACUCCAGUUCUCAAUCUCUGCCAAAUUAGUUCAAACCCUGCCUAGCACCUCGAGCAAAUCUGUUUGCAAGAAUAUUGGUCUCACCCCCCCCACCCCAAUUCCCCACUCAGGUUCAAGUGUAACUCAUCCUUUUUUGUACAGGUCAUCCAAUCCCCAGAAAAGAUCCCAAUGAUCCUAGAAAUCUGAAACCCUGCUCCCUGCACCAAUUUUUCAGCCACACAUUCAUUUGCCAAAUCAACCUGCGCUUACCCUUGCAGACAAGUGGCAUUUUUUUUUAGAAAAGUUUCUUGUUUCCUUUUUAUUGCUGUCCUAUUUCGCCCUUUUUUUUUUAAAAAAGACAAAGUUGAAUGUGUAUGAACACAGCAAAGUAAGACGAAGUGGGAAUUUUCCGCUGUCUCAACCGCCAACGUUGGCCUUCGGAGGGAGGGAGGACGGGCGCCUGCGUGCUCCUUCGACGUGAUUCGCGAACGCGCAGCGGGGAUGUGGGCGGGGUUUGCCAUGCGCGCACACAGGCAAGCGGCGGGGCCCCGCGUGUUACUGGGGAGACGUGCUCGAGCAGUGCCUCUGCUGAAACUCAGGGACUUUGUUCCAGUCGCAACAGCAAUCGAGGAUCGGAUAAGAGCGGUCCCAGAGGCUGUGCUGAGGAAGCAGCUCUGGAAAAAUUCAAAUUGGACAUCAGUUUGGAAUAAAUGCCAUUUGAUAAUGUUACAAUCAGCAAGAUUCAAUUUUACCUUGCCUAAUGUGGAUUAUUCAUAACCAACAUGCUUGGGUAAAGCUCUGGAUGUCAUUGUCAACGCCGCUAUCCUCAGAGAGAAUGCUCCCCAGUUGUUUGAAAGAUGGCAAUACUGACAGCUUUUCAUCACCACCAGUGAAGAUCUGUUGAUGUGACCAACACCAUCAUUGUACUCUGACCGAAUCUGAUUAGAGGCAGUCAUGUGAUACAAGGUGACAAGGAUGACCAUUACUGAAAGGCUGCGUGAAAAGAUAUCACAGGCAUUCUAUAUCCACGGACUCUUGUGUGCAUCUUACCCCAUUCCCAUUAUCUUUUUCACCGCUGUGUGUAUUUUAACAUGCUGUUAUCCCUUAUUGAAACUACCUCUGCCAGGAACAGGGCCAGUAGAGUUUACAACACCUGUAAAGGAUUACUCUGUGCCCCCAACUGAAGCAAAUCCAGGAUCCACUGAGCAGACUGAUAGACCGGAUUGGUAUUUUGGACCCCCAGUUGCAUAUAUACAACAGAUAUUUGUAAAAGCCGUCGUAUCCCCUUGGAACAAAAACUUAAUUGCUGUUGAUGUAUUCCGUGCCCCACUCUCAAAAGUGUUUCAGCUAGUGGAAGAAGUAAGAAAUCAUGUAUUUCAAGACAGUACUGGCAUGAAGAGCCUAGAAAAUAUUUGUCUCCAGGUUACUGAUCUACUUCCAGGGUUGAAGAAGUUACAGGGUAUACUUCCAGAACAUGGCUGCCUCCUCAUUUCUCCAGCUAACUUUUGGAAAAACAGUCGUGAUCAUUUUGAUUCAGAUCCAGAUAUUAUUGGCACCAUCCACCAAUACGAGCCUAAGACUCUGCAAACAUCUGCUUCACUCAAAGAUUUGCUGUUUGGAGUACCUGGGAAGCACAGUGGUGUUAACUUGCACAAUCGCAAACAGGUGGUCUCCUAUGCCAUCACUGUCAUCCUGCAGGAGUACCACUCGAGAUUUCUAAAGAGCCUCCGCUUGAGGUUAAGGCAGCUUCAUCCUGGUACUAACAGCACAUUGAGGGAAGAUCAGAUAGUCCACGUCCAUUUUAAGGAGGAAAUUGGCAUUGCUGAGUUGAUUCCUCUGGUCACAACGUACAUCAUUCUUUUUGCAUACAUUUAUUUCUCUACCAGGAAAAUUGACAUGGUGAAAUCAAAAUGGGGUCUUGCACUUGCAGCAGUGGCAACGGUUCUUAGCUCCCUUCUCAUGUCCGUUGGUCUGUGUACACUGUUUGGCCUUACACCAACUUUGAAUGGAGGAGAGAUCUUUCCUUACCUUGUUGUGGUCAUUGGUUUGGAGAAUGUCCUUGUUCUCACCAAGUCAGUUGUCUCCACCCCUGUGGAUCUUGAAGUCAAACUACGAAUAGCACAAGGUUUGAGCAAUGAAAGUUGGUCCAUAAUGAAGAACAUGGCUACUGAACUCAUUAUCAUACUAAUCGGUUACUUCACCCUGGUUCCAGCUAUUCAGGAAUUUUGCCUAUUUGCCGUGGUUGGACUCGUUUCCGAUUUCUUUCUGCAGAUGUGUUUCUUUACAACAGUAUUGUCCAUCGAUAUCCGCCGCAUGGAGCUUGCUGACUUAAAUAAGCGCCUUCCUGCAGAAGCUAUGCAAGAAAUCUCUGAACAGAUGAGACUGCCUCAUUCCAAGUCAGCUCCGAGGCAGAAGAGAUUCGAGCGACAGCCUACAAUGCAGACUUCAGCUCCUUAUACCAUCUCCCUGCAACCUUCUUCCUUUAGAAACCUACGGCUACCGAAGAGACUGAGAGUAGUUUAUUUCUUAGCUAGGACACGACUUGCACAGAGGAUUAUCAUGGCGGGGACUGUCAUAUGGAUUGGGAUCCUUGUAUACACUGAUCCUGCUGGCCUUGGGACACUUCUAACAGCGCAGGUGACUGAGCAGAGCCCUCUUGGAGAGAAUGGCCUGGCAUCCAUUGCAGUACCGUCAGGUGUUUUCCCAAGGGGAGAUACUAAGGAUGGUUUGCCUGCCUUCCCAUCAGAUGUAAGCCCAGCACUGGAGAACCAGUCACAUGACACAGAUCAGAGCAAGAACCUAAAUCCUCUUGAUGCUUCACCCAUGAUCUCUCAUGAAAAUAUAAAUGAUGAUGGCAAAGAGCAGGUCCAUAGUGUGGCCAAACACCUGGAAAAUGAUUUCAAAGUGGAAGUUACAUGGGGAGUGCAAGAUGAGGAGAUGUGGCGGAAGCUUUCUUUCCGACAUUGGCCAACGCUCUUCAGUUAUUACAAUAACACUUUGGCCAGGAAAUAUGUCAGUAUUCUUCCCAUCAUCCCAGUAUCCUUUCAUCUGAGUCUACAAGAUGCUCUGGAUGCAAGACACCCUCAAGACGCAAAGCGAUAUCAUUCCAUGUUCCCAGCAGAUUAUGGAGAGACAAAAAACAUCAAUGGAGACAGGGCAAAAGAUCCAAAUAAGCAGCAUUCUUCCUCUAAGCCACAUGUUCAUUUGGACAUCACACUUUACAAAGUUGGAGCACUUGGGCUGGCAUCUGGAGUCCUCCUUGUAAUUUUGCUCUUCUGCUUGUAUAAAGUAUUCUGUCCAAAAACUUAUGGCCAGGGUGGCCUUUCUCAUGGGAGAAGGCGACGCGGAGACCUACCCUGUGAUGACUAUGGUUACUCACCACCCAUCAGUGAAACCUUGCCACUAAUUUUGAAGGGACAUUUAAUGGAUAUUGAAUGCUUGGCCAGUGAUGGGAUGUUGUUAGUCAGUUCCUGCCUCUCUGGACAGAUCAGAGUGUGGGAUGCACAGACCGGUGAUUGUCUGACCAUCAUAUCAAACUCAAGGCAAUGGAAGGAUAGCAACUUUUUCCACGAGCGACAAGAAAGCCGGGAAUAUAUAUCAGAUCCUGAAAAUGGAGAAGAUGAUGUCUACGAAAAUGAUUACAAUUUCCCGAGGAAACUGACUCCUACUCAACCCCUUUUCACUGAUCAGCCAGAUUUAUCCAGUUUGAUAGACACCAACUUUGCAGAAAGGUCUACAGUUCCAAGGCAGCGAAUUAUUUCUGAAAUUUCACAAGAAACUGGCUAUGACUUUGGUCAAACUUAUGAUAAAGCAUAUGAGGAUCAUAAAAUGCUGAAUGUGCAAAACUUGAGGAGUUUUCCAUCCCACCCAGCAACUUUGAAGUCUUCUCAAACGUCAGUGAGUCUAAAGUCACGGAGCUGGGAUGGCUGCUGCAACCACAGGAGGAGGAGUUUAGGAGAUGAGCCAUUGCCUAUGUACGAGAAAACCUCACCUCUUCCUAUGUGGGACGGAGACUGUGAAAGCUCUGUUUGGAGUUUAGGCAUACAGGGUAAUCUGAUUGCGACAGGAAGAAGUAAUGGGCAACUUGAGGUGUGGAAUGCUACAGAUGGAACACUACGUUGCAGUAAUGAAGACGGUUCAUCAGGGAUAACAGCACUGGCAUUUAUCACAAACAGAAUCGUUACAGCAAGAUUGAAUGGUUCAUUAGAUUUCUAUUGUUUAGACACCAAUAAGACUUUUAACCAGCUACAAUACCGAGGAACACCCAACAGGUCUAACAUCUCCUCAUCGUCAGUUUUUAACAGCAAUGAUGUCAUAGUUUGUCAGCUGACCCACAUGGUUCAUUGUGCACAUCAAAAGCCUAUUACAGUACUGAAAGCAGCUGCUGGCCGUGUAGUAACUGGUAGUCAAGAUCACACGCUCAGAAUCUAUCGGCUUGAGGACUCCUGUUGCCUUUAUACAUUGCAGGGUCACUCAGGAGGGAUCACUGCAGUUUAUAUAGACCAGACAAUGACGCUGGCUAGUGGAGGCCAAGAUGGGGCUAUUUGUCUCUGGGAUGUAUUAACCGGAAGUAGAAUAAGUCACAUGCAUGGUCAUCGCGGUGAUGUUGUUUCUCUCAUUUGUACCUCAAGUUGUGUGAUUAGUGGUGGAUUAGAUGACAUUAUCUGUAUAUGGGAUCGCAGCACUGGUAUCAAACUCUACUCCAUUCAGCAAGACGUAGGUUGCGGAGCUAGUCUGGGGGUGAUAUCUGACAACCUUCUCGUGACUGGGGGACAAGGCUGCGUCAGCCUCUGGGACAUUGGCUACGGGGACUUGCUUCAAACUGUCUACCUGGGCAAGAGUAAUGAGCUGCAGCUUGUUCGACAGCUGCUGGUCUUGGACAAUGCUGCCAUUGUGUGUGACUUUGGCAGUGAACUUAGCCUCGUUUACUUCCCGUCUGUGCUGGAGAAACUAGACUGAAUGAAGGAGGGAGUUCUAUACUGUUGAGGUUUUGCCUCAAGGAAGAAGCAUUGAUGCAAUUUUCAAUCAUGGUCUUGAGUUUUUGAAUGACUAGAGAUGUGAUACACUGGAUGGUUCGAAGCUCAAGUGCAUGGGGACAGAUCUGCACAAUAUGCUGGGGGUCUUUUCUUUGUGUCAGCGAGCAGAUUUUGAUUUUAUAGUUCAUGUAACAAAGCUUCAGAACUGCAGGCAUGGUGAAGGACAACAAGUCUGCCCUAAAGCACUUUGUUGACAUAACAAGCACGUUAAAGUUUAGUAAUCAAGCCUGAUUUUAUUUGGUUUUACAAUAUUGCUUCAUGUGAAUUAGACAUAACUGUGAUGCAAAGAUAGCGCAGAGGUAUUUUUUUUAAAUUAUUUUUUUAAAUGCAUUAAAGUUUAGGGAAGGAGAGUGCUGUGCAAGAGAUGUUUAAUCAUGCAGAUUGAGCAGUUUUUAAUUGGUAAAAAUAAAUAUAAUGAAUUUGCAAGCAAACUAAACAAAGAAGAAAAAUUGACAAUACAUAACUGGUUUGACUAUACACAGGGUAAGGAAAAGAGAUGUGGUGAAAUGUUCUCUAAAAUGCCAUCAAACCAGUUGUAAUGUCAACUUUUGACUAAAUGCCUUUUUUGUUUCUCUCAAAAGAAAAAAAUGAAAUAUUUAAAUACAUACAGCAGAAUGGGGCUUAUUCAUAUCUGAAGACUUCUUAAAUUGAGGCUUCGCCUGUCUAGAUUCAGUCUACCUACUUCGUGGACUGUCUACGUCAAAAUAUUUGCUUGUCUCCCUGUGCUGGUGAUCUCCAUGUGAGUCAGACUUUCUCUCCAAUUUUAUUAUGACAGAAUAAUCCCAGUAUAGUUGGCAGGGCUGUUCAGCACUUGCCCAUUUUUCUGCCUCCUAACAUCUGUGCUCAUCUUCUCCUUAGUCUUCAGAUGCACUACUUCUCAUUGUGACACGCGUUUCUCAAGUAUGUUUCAUCAUUCAGUUAGAUUGUCACUGACUUGUACCUCAAGUCCAUCCUAUAAACCUUGUGCAUCAUUAUGUCAUCUACAAUCCAUUGAGCCCUUGCCAGACAAAUCUAGCUUAAUAAGUGCUCACAUUUUUAUUUCAUUCAUUACUUUUGAUCCAAAAGCAGCUUUCUGAAUGAAGCUGUCCAUGUUUAUUUAAAUUGCUGACCUGGGUUGCUCAGGAGUGCAUUCUUCCAGGACAGAAGUUGCUACACUCCUCUGUCUUUAUGGAGUUUGCUGAAUGCAAGUACUGACUUAAAAAUAGUCUGCAUUAUUGUAGUACCAUAUCUGUGGCAAUUGACAAUACAGUCACCUCACAGCAUGGGCAAUUCAGCAGCUGCAUUAAUAGUAAUAUUAUCUAAGCAUUACAACUGAACUGAAUGCUUUUUCAACAUCUGAAACUGCCAGGAAGUGUUCACCAUAGCCUUUCUGCACCAUUAGAAUCAGAACCUUACAGAUAAAAGCAUGUUUGCUACCUAAUGUGCCUGCUCUCCAAAACAGCUAUUCAAUUUGUACCUUUCCCUAAUUCUUUUCCAAUACAUCUAACUUAAUUUUCAUUUCUAAAGCUUUAUCUAUUUUUCUAAACAAUGAAUUUUCACCAGAUUUCCCCUAAGACUUCUAUAUUCUUUGUUAGUUAUUAAAACAACUACAAUAAUUUUAAGUCACAAGUAUAUGUGGGGUACCAUUUUAGACAGCUGUUACCUUUGUUUCAUAAUGCGAUUGCUUUGAAUGGAUUAUUUUGGUUGUUUAAACAAGUAAUUGGUCAAAGUAAAAGAUUAUCAAUGUGCAUUUUGUUUUUGCUGCCAUAUGAGAAAUUGAUGGUUGUUUGCAGUCUAUGAAUAUCAUAUUGUUACUAGUAUGUUGCAAAAUAGUGUUUGAAAAUACAAUACUUUGAUUAUGCAGAUACAGGUAGCCAGACCUCCUUGAGGGGGCUCUUUGAAUCAUGAGGGUAUAAGCUGAAUCUAUUAUCCUUUUUUUCGCAAACUUCCUGCUUCCUUGUCACCAUCUUGUCAGGACAUGUGUGCACAGUUCAGAUAAGUGAUGAAUAAAUGAGUAAUAUUGCUGAAAUUCUGUAAUCACCCUGAUAACCAACAGCUCAGUAUUUUUUCCCCAACCAGCUGCAAAAGCAGUCUCCCAUAACUCGGUUUAGUUGCACUUUUAAUUUCUUGAAACAAUUAAUUUUCACGCAUAGAAAGAAGAGAUACUAAAUUAGUGGAAGAGAAAAUUAAACAGUUUUCGAAUUCUGUAUCAGUGAAAACUUAAUCAGCACUCUAUUGCUUACUGCCUGCUUAAUUCAAAAUAUUUAUUGUUUUUAUGUUAUUUUAAAAUUGUAAUGAAGAGAUUUUAGCAUCAAGUUGAUGUCAUUUAUUUAUAAGGAAUAACUGUAAAAGGUGAUGAAGUAUACUGGAAAUUUGUCCCAUAUCACACUACUGAUACGAUGUUGGUCAGAAUCUUUGCUUGGAUACUGUAGGCAAUUGUGGGUGGGAGGCUGGAGGAGAUUUCCCGCUCAACCAGUGGAGCAUCAUACCAUGUUUGUUUUUCUAGUUUUCUAUUUGUUUCCUGCCUUUUAUGUCAUCCUUGCUUCUAUAUUUUUUACUCUAUACACUAUUUUAUUUUCAUUCAUUUCUCCCAAGUCCUUUAGUUCUCUUUCACAUCUCUGUCAUACUUCAACUUUUUUUUUUCCCUGAGCAUCUUUCUCUUUUUUUCCAUUUCUGUUUUGGUCGAUGCAUUCCUCCAUCUUCCCUUUUACAAUCUUUGUCCCUCUAGCUUCUGUUUUGCACUUCAUAGCAUUGCUGAUGAGUUUGGGAAUUUGGAACCAAGUAGGGAUAUUAACCUUGCUGCUGUAUUGAGCUUUUUUUAAAAUUACAGACUCUUUUAUUCAAAACAGAGAGAUUGUUUAAUAUUUAAAGACAGAAUUAUGUUAGAAUUUUUAAAAAGAAAAAAUGCUUUUGUUGUUAUUUUUGGCUCAAUACUAUGCACUGAUACCAUUCUUAACUGAGAGGGUUCUAAACACAUACUUUUUUCCUUUUGGAAGAUUUCUUUUCAGGCUUCCAUCUGAAUCGGCCUCUUGAGUAUAAAUAAAUUACCUGCAGCCUCUCUUCUGUUUCAUUUUAAAUUUUAGAGAUUGGUAGAAAGUCAAAAUCAGAAAAAUGUACAGAACCAAAGAACAUUUCUUAAUCUUUUUUUUGGAACAAACUUAAUAAAAAAUGUAAAUAUAGAUUUAAUCUGUUUUUAUACUAAGAUCCGCUAAGUGGUUUAUUUUUAGUUUGUAUUUCACUUUUCUCCCCUCCCAAAGAAAUAAAAAUAUUCCCUGUUACUGGAAAAUGAUUCAAGGGGUGUUAUCAUUGUCCGACUUACUUUGAGUUAAUGAAACUGCCAUGGAGUUACAAAUCUGUAGCAAUCUUGGUCAAAUUACAGUUUUAACUAGCUCAUUCCAUGAUGUUUUGAUAAAUUAAUGAGUAGGUGUUCUAUUCAGAAGGAUUGAACUUGUGGGUUCUAAAACAACUGAGGCAUUGGGGAAGGGAUUUAGUGGAUAUAAGUGGAAUAAUGCUGGAGGUCACUACCAAGAAAUGGAGUUAGGAACCAGGUAAGUAGGUUAUGUAAAGCACAAAGACUUGCCCAAGUCAGAUUCUUAGAGGCUAGCAGACAAUGCAAUGAAAGUUGAUUCAUUAAUGUACUGUACCAUUAUUGAACUGUAGGCCCAAAACAAAAUGUUGGCCUGCAAACUGUUCAACAUGCUCUUCCAAGCAUCAACCAGGGUCAGUGACCCUAUUCCUCACAAUUGUGUCCAUCUCUGAACAGACUCAGUGGAUCUGAAUUAAGUUAAUAGAAUGGAAAGAAUGACUGUUAGAAUCUUAAAGAGAAGGUGGUGUUUGUAUGGGAGGAUAAAGAAAAGUAGAAGGCAAUUAUAAUCAAAGUACCUGAGCCUGCAGUUUAAAACCACUAGCCAAUUAGUCCCACUCUUUUUCCUCAUAGCACUGCUAACUUCUAUCUUUCAAAUGUAUAUCUGGGCUAACUGACCUAUCAAACCCCAUCUGCGAAGACAUUGUCAACUUACUGUGUCAUGAACUGGGAUAUCUUUCCUUCUUGCUAGAAGUAUGUAAUCAGGUAAAAAAAAAUCAAAUUCAGUAAUAGUCACUAGUAUUUUUUGAGAUGAAGUGUAUAUGGGGCCUCUGAUAUCAGCCUACUUACUUAGCACUCGAUCAUGGUGAAGCCAGUUUUUUAACCUCGGGAUAGAACAAAGAUAUGGCCUUCACUUUCAUCUGCUGCUACAAACAGCAUCUCUCCCUAUUAAUGUAUCCAUCUGCUUGAAAUUUUCUGCACAGACUUUCAUUCAUGUACUUCACCUGAGGGAUUGACUAUCCAAUGCCUUUCUGCAUAGCCUGUAACCUUACUCUGCAAAAAUACAGCCAGCGAAUUGGCCAUUCGGCAAGACAAAAGUGAUAUUUAUGUCUGAAAGACAGUGUGUUUUUCCAGGAGUGUUCAUUCUUCAUUUGCAUAUAUUUCCCAUGUAUUAGCGCUGGAAUAUGUGGCCACACGAGGAUUACCCCGAGCACACCCUGGUUGUUAACACAAAUAAUACAUUUCACUGUCUGCUUUGAUGUUCAUGUGUCAAAUAAAUUUGAACCUUGAACUCCACUGCAUUUACCCAUCUUCCCAACAGUGAUGUUUUUAACCUUAGUACAUUCAAUUCCUGACUAUGCUCAAAUAAUCAUGGUUAUAGCAUACUGGGAAAUGUUUACUUUUAAUGCAUUUGUUCUGUAUUCUAUCCAUAAGCACUUGGCAUUCUCAAUUAAUUAUUGGAAUUAAUCAAAUUCCUCCACCAACUAAAAUCAGCCAUACAUCAUCAUCCACAGAAUCAGGAAAAAGCCAUCAAUCUGUCGAUCCUUUCAAUACCCAGGUUGUGUGAGAUUUCCCAUAUUAUAGUAGUUGGUUUGCUGUUUGAUUCUAUUGAUUCCUGAUUCUGUGGAUGAUGAUGCAUGGCUGAUUUUAGUUGGUGGAGGAAUUUGAUUAAUCCCAAUAAUUAAUGAGACUCCCUCAUUCUAAAUAGUUACACAACCCCCGAUUAGCCAAUGUCCAACUUCUUGGAGAAAAAUACAUGAUUGAGCAAUAACAAGUCUGACGUGUCCUUCGUGACUAAUUUAGUUAAUACAGCGACUGCCUUACAGCACCAGCGACCUGGGCACAAUCCUGACAUCAGAUGCUCUCUGUGAAAUUCCAGCAUUGUUCUGUGACCACAUAGGUUCCUGCAUCCCAAAGACUACAGGUUGGUAAUUGAUGAAAAUGCAGGUUUAAUUUUUAAAAAAUUAUAUAUAGUUGAGUGUAAAAGUGUGGCUGAUUUUCAGUAUGGACUCUGUGCUUUAUCUUUAUGUUAUGCUAUCCCACGAGUUAGAUAAACUAUCAAGUCAGUGGAGUAACUCAAUUUCACAGAUCUCAAUGUUUUUCUUUCUAACAUAUCUGCUAAGUAAGAUGAUCCUUUGUGCUAUAUGUUUGGAUAAGGGUCCAUUUUGUGGCAGUCAGACUUUAUUCCAAAGUAUAUUUGCCACAACAGCAAGAUCUUACCAUACUGUCCAGAAUAGCUGCGGAAUCUUGAAUCCAAGAAAUGGUUUUCCUAGUCAUUAACCAAUGCAGUGCAACCUGUUCUCUGUUAUUACAUGAUUUAAAUUCAUGGGCUGUUUUAGUGCAUGCCUGCUGGAUUUUCCAGCAUUAUACAGGUAAAUACUUCACAAGUACCUAGCGAUGUUCUAUCUAAAUGAAGUCCCUUUGUUCAUCAUGCAUCCUCUCCUCUUCACGUUUCACACCACAGGAAACAGUGUUUGAGUAACACAAGUCCUCUGAAUUUUGUCAUAUUUGUGUUUCUGGGCUUGGCUAGCAGUGGCACCAUUGUUGUCCAUACCUACUUGCCUGAAAACUAGUCAGUAAGAGUUAACCAUUUUGGUUGAUCUGCCAUUUUUUAUAUAUUAUAUACACAUAGAAGCUGGCAAGGGCAGCAGAUAAUAGUGAAACAGGUGUGUUUUUACAACAAUCUGGUAGUUUCACAGAAUUAUAAGACUAAGAUUUUUCAUUUCAACAUUUUAAUUAUUUGAAUUUAAAUGUCCCAUUUGCCUUGCUAGGAUUUAAACUCAUUUCUAGAUUGGUUGGUCCAGAAUACUGGUUCCUGUUCCAGUAGCUUUAUGUUUUGGGGUACAAUAGCAUCCUGGUCAAGUGCAACUGGUUCAUUUAACUUGUCUCAGAAUGGGCAUAAGCAUUCUUUAAAGACCCAGAGCCAUUUAAUUGCUUGACAUACACUUCAAACUUAAAGACAUGGAUUUAAAAGAACUAAAUGUUCAUGUGGUAAUGCAUUCAUGUACUUAUAUUAUCAUUUGAUGUUGGAACUGGAAAACAUUAGCUUUUAACAAUAUUCUUGAAUUUACGGGAUUUAAACCUUACAUAUAAAUUUGAAAGAUGUAUGCCACAAGAUGUCAAUACCUUAGUUCAGAGUAACCCUGAUAAUUACUGUAUAAGAACCAUCAAAAAAAAACUAAUGUAUUACUGGCUCAGGGGAAUAAAUGAUAGAAGUCUAAAAAUACACAAUUGUACAACAUAAACCUUUGAUGAUCUUGUACAUAGUUUAUAAUUUUAAGCCCUUUGUUCUGUCAGUGGCAUUGUACUGUAUAUUAAUGUAGAAGAGCUUGUAAUAUUUUGUUAAUAUAACAAACUUUGUACUAAUUGUAAAUAAAACUUUGAUAUCAAUUUGAUGACAGAAUAUCUUGAAUAGAUAAGUUAAUAUUUUUCAGUUAAUUUUCAGAAUUUUAUUACAACUGGGUUUUUAUUCCAUCUCUUGCUAUACCACUGCUGGAAAAAAAGGAAAUGUAUGUUAUGGUGUAGGGAAAGUUUGAUAAUCUUCAGAACUUAAUUUUUUGCUCAAAAUUCCAGCUUCUGCUGUCUCCGUCACCACUU